AGGAUGUUACCUGUGACGAUGAGAAUGUUAGUGCUGCUGCUGCUACUGCCCCUGAGUCAGGCUGUUCCCAAACACGGCACCACAAGGCUGGACCCUGAAGUGCAGCAUCCACCUCUACCCAACCCCUUCCAGCCAGGCCAGGAGCAACUUCAACUUCUGCAGAGCUACCUAAAGGGACUAGAGAGGAUGGAAGAGGAGCCGGAGCACAUGAGCCGGGAGCAGGUUCUCCUCUACCUCUUUGCUCUCCACGACUACGACCAGAGUGGACAGCUGGAUGGCCUGGAGCUGUUGUCCAUGUUGACAGCAACUCUGGACCCUGGAGCUUCUGACUCUCCCACCACCGACCCGGUGAUCCUGGUAGUGGAUGAGGUGCUGGAGACCCAGGACCUGAAUGGGGAUGGGCUCAUGACCCCUGCAGAGCUCGUCAACUUCCCCGGAGAGGCCCCGAGGCACACAGAUCUCAAAGAGCCCCCAGAGCCACAGGAUGUUGGGAGGCGGCCUCUGUUGGCUAAAAGCCCGUCAAGACAAGAAGCACCUGAAGCCCCAGGUCCCAGAGAAGAAGCUGAGGGACAGGUGGAGGCCAGAAGGGAGUCCUUGGAACCUGUACAGGAGGCUGGGGGACAGGCAGAGGCUGCAAGAGAAGCCUCAGGCCCUGGAGGGGAGGUUGGGGGACAGGUAGAAGCCAGGGACACUGGAGAGAGAGCAGAAGAGCUUCCAAGGGAAACACUGGAGUCUAAGAAAACCCCAAAUGAGCUUGAGGUUCAUGCUGUUCAGCUGGAGAAUGAUGAGAUAUAA